AUGGCGCGAACCAAAGCAUCUCCCUUACGACGAGAGCCUUCAGACUUCGAACAAGGACCUCCAGACACCCCAAAUCACGGCUGGAAGCAUAUGAAUACCAAGGCGAAUGGCAAUGCCUCCCCUGCCGCCGUGAGCAAUGGCAAACCUAAGGGGCCCUCUCGUCCCGCGAUCCAAGAGCAAGCCGGACUUGCUCAACUCGUCAUAUGCGUUGCUGGCAUCUACGCUUCAUUUCUUUCUUGGGCGGUCCUUCAAGAACGCAUAACAGCGACCAGCUAUGGCCCUUUAACAUCCCCCGAACGAUUCACCUAUUCAGUCUUUCUGAACACCAUUCAGUCCACAUUUGCAGCACUAGUUGGCUACUUUUACCUCCUUUACUCCGCUCCCAAGUCCGGUUCAAUCCCUGCUGUCUUCCCUACUCGCUCAAUCCUUUUCCCCCUCAUCCUGGUGGCAGUAACUUCUUCACUGGCCUCCCCUUUCGGAUACGCUUCGCUUGCUCACAUCGAUUAUAUAACUUUUAUCCUUGCCAAAUCUUGCAAGCUCCUUCCUGUCAUGUUCCUCCACCUCACAAUAUUCCGGAAAUCAUACCCCCUCUACAAAUAUUUUGUCGUGGCCCUGGUGACCGCGGGCGUGGCCGUCUUCACAGUCUACCAUCCCUCCUCAUCGAGCAAGAAGUCAUCUCCACAGAAUAACAAUUCAGCUUGGGGACUGAUGCUGCUAAGCGUCAAUCUUCUCUUAGACGGCCUUACAAACAGCACUCAAGACCAUAUCUUUACCUCGUACCGCCCUUAUUCUGGCCCCCAGAUGAUGGUAGCUCAGAAUGUCCUUUCCACCCUCCUCACGACACUUUACUUAUGCAUUUCGCCUCUAAUUCCCCCAACACCCCUUUCACCUAAAACGGGCAGCUCUUCCGAAUUCUCAGCUGCUCUAGCCUUCAUACAACGCAACCCGGCAAUCCUAUCUGCUAUACUCUCCUUCGCUGCUUGCGGCGCUAUUGGCCAGAUAUUCAUCUACUACACUCUUAGCCAUUUCAGCAGCCUUUUGCUAGUCACGGUGACAGUAACGAGGAAGAUGUUGACAAUGAUGCUGAGUGUGCUUUGGUUUGGACAUCGGUUAAGUGGGAUGCAGUGGGUGGGCGUGGGGUUAGUGUUUGGGGGUGUGGGGGCAGAAGGCGUGAUGCAAAGGAGGGAGAAAGUGGCGAAGGAGAGAGAAAAGCGGGAGAAAGGGCUCUGA